AUGUCAGUCAGGGAUAGAAAGAUUAUUGUCUUGGGGUCGCGGAAUGUCGGCAAGACAACUUUAUUGGUACAACUUACAGAGUCUCAUUUUGUCGAAUCGUAUUAUCCAACGAUCGAGAAUCAGUUCAUACAUGAAUUCGUAUUAAAGAAACCCAACGGAACCGAGUUAAAAUUUAACCUAGAUAUCGUGGAUACGUCAGGACAAGAUGAAUUCUCUAUGAUCAAUGCCAAGUCUAUGCUUGGUGUUGCAGGGUGUAUCUUGAUGUACAGCGUUGCGAAUAGACAUAGUUUUGAGAUAGUUGAGUUGAUCAGAGACAAAAUGUUAGAUAUGCUUGGAUUAUUGGAGCUACCCAUGGUUCUAGUUGGGAAUAAGAUCGAUCUUGAUAGGCAAGUAAGUUAUAAAGAGGGUGAAGAGUUGGCUAAACGGUUAAAAUGCGGAUUUGUGGAAAUCUGUGUAAAGCAAGGUUCUGGUAUCGAGAUGCCGUUCAAGACGCUAAUACAGAAGAUCGAAGGGUAUGAAGACGGUAAUACUAAGGCUGAUCAGGGCCAGUCAGAGGGCUGCAGUAUUAUGUAG